CAGCUGUAUAUUUUACUUGUUCAAAUUAUGUUUUUGGUUAUUUUGCUCGUUUUUAGUAAAUAAUUGAAUAAUUUGAAGAAAAUAGGAAAAAUACCGGUAGUAAAAUGUCACAAUUAAUAUUAUUACGUCAAGUUUUACAAAAGCAACAACAUUUGCAAUUGAAACAUCUCUUUCAACUGCAACAAAUUAAAAAAAUUAGUCAAUGUGCAGUUUGGCAACAAAAAGCCAAGCGAUCAGAAACCGGUCAGGAAUUGCAACUAAGUAAAAGUGGAGCUGGGCGUACAGACGUGUCCACCGAUGUCAGACCAUUGGGAGAAAAAAUCAAAGAAACUACCAAGACGGCAAGUUACACAGCCAUCAUAUUGGCUGGGGUUGGUGUGACAGCGGUUAUGUUUUGGGCCAUAUUUCGCGAGUUGUUUAGCAGCUCUAGUCCAAACAAUAUAUACUCAGAUGCAUUAGAAAGGGUUAUUGAGGAUCCCCGUGUUCAAGACUCAUUGGGGGCUCCUAUUAAAGGCUUUGGUGAAGAAUCUCGCCGCGGCCGUCGCCAACAUGUGGCUCAUAGCAGUUUUGAACGUAAUGGUGUGCCUCAUAUACGCAUGCGUUUCUAUGUGCAAGGCAUUCGGAAUAAAGCUACAGUACAUUUGGAAUCAAGAAGGGCUCCCUCCGGCAAAAUGGAAUAUCGCUAUUUAUUUGUGCAAUUAGAUCAUUAUCCACAUACUACCAUUAUAUUGGAAGAUAAUCGUGCCUUUGAUCCUGUACCAUCCACUUCAUCAAAUCCUACCUCCCAAACCCCUUUGACUGGUUCUAGUCUGUCUUUUGCUUCGUUUGAUGGCAAAAACUAAUAUUUAUUUUGUAAACUGGCAAAUAUAAUUUUAAGCAAAAUAAAGUUUGGUGUAAAAAUUGUUGAAAACCAAA